AUGGACGAAACAAACCUAGCGGUCGCUCAAAUGAGCGUGAGCACAAUCAAUCUAGAGCCAUACAAGGACGAAAGCCAGCUCCAAGCUAUCAUGUCCCUCAUAGAAAACGAUCUGUCAGAGCCCUACACAGUUUUCACGUAUCGAUACUUUAUGCAUCAGUGGCCUGAUUACUGCUAUCUCGCGAUGGAUGGCGAAGAGUAUAUUGGAGUCAUCAUUUGCCGAUUGGAACCGCAUCAAGGGUAUAUUCCUACCAUGAGAGGAUAUAUUGCCAUGUUGGCUGUUCGGACUCCAUAUCGGAAGCUUGGAGUUGGUUCAAGGCUUGUGCAAAAAGCUGUUGCUGAGUUGAAGCGUGGUGGAGCAGAUGAGGUAGAUGAUGUAAAUUGA